AAUAUCUUAAUUUGUGUUCUGAAGAUUAACGAAGGUCUUACGGGUGUGGAACGGCAUGAGGUGUUCUCCUGGGUGAGUCCAUGCAGACGGUUCUCUAUAGAUGAGCCAGGUUAUCAGCAGGACUGAAGCACUAAUCCCUGGCCAGAAAUGACUGUCUUCUGAGCCUGUUUGUCUGCUUUCUUCCUCCCUCUCAAGUGGAAAGAUCCGCUCCACAAGGUCACGCUCAGAAAAGCAUUGAGCAGGAGUCAGGAAAAUGACAUACCUGAAAUAUGAUGAACGGCUGCCCCGACCAGCCAAACGGCAAAAAGCAGAUGGCAAUUAAUACCUCAACAGGGAAUAGAUGAAUUAAAGAGAGCAGAAGGAGGGAGAGAACCAGAAAAAGACAGAGAAUGGAUACCUUAGGGCUUCAAGCUCAUUGGUCAUCAUGGCAGCAUGUGGAGGAUGUAGGUUCUUUGUCCUGACUUUAAGAACUCUAUGUGGAACAUCAAGAUCUGCAUCACCCUGCGCUUUGCCUUUGACUACACAUAGGAUUUUGUCCACCUCUGCGAGAACUUACUCUCCAGACUCAUUCUCCUCCGGGUCAAGGAAGACCCCGGCUCAGGUGGGCAAAGCAGAGCGAAUUUCUCUAUCCUUAGGAGGAGUUCAGAGGAACCUCUCCGCUGUCGCCGUGCCUCUGCAGGGUCAGUUUCGCCCCCUCUGCCGGUAUGACCCUUUAGAUUUGGGUGACGUUGAUGAGAACACGCAGAAAGCCCUAUCCUGUAAACACCUGAGACGGUUCAUUGUAGAUCCUUCCCUUGCAAGAAUUGUGACCGACCACCUCGCCGGAGAUAUUGAUGAUGGAAAAGCUGUUAUAUUUGAAUGUAACCCAGGUCCUGGGGUAUUGACACGCGCUUUGCUGAACCGUGGGGCUCAGAGAGUAGUUGCUUUGGAAAGUGACACAAACUUCCUUCCUGAGCUGCAGGACCUGGAGAGCAAACUGGAUGGGCAGCUGGAUGUGGUUCAUUGUGACUUCUUCAAACUGGAUCCCAUCGGCCAUGGCAGCAUGAAACCACCCGCCAUGUACUCGGAGAAGCUCUUCUCUGACCUUGCCAUCUCUGAGGUCCCUUGGUCAGCAGAUGUCCCUGUGAAGGUUGUAGGGAUCUUCUCACACAGGAAUGAGAAGAGCAUAAUGUGGAAGCUGAUUUACAACCUGUUUGAGCGACGUUCCAUUUACCGCUACGGACGUGUGGAGUUGAUCAUGUUCAUCAGCAAGAAUGAAUACACGAAACUAGUGACCCCUCCAAGAGAUUAUAAGAACUACCUAGCGUUCAGUGUUCUCUGGCAGAUGGCCUGUGAUAUUGAGUUACUGCAUGAGGAGCCAUUAUCAUCUUUUUUGACUAUAACCAAGAAGACUAAAAAGUCCACCUCAAAGAGCACUCUAUCCCAGAUUGAUAACCUGUGCUUGGUGCGGAUAACCCCACGUGAGGACUUGUUUAACUCUCACCUAACUCCCUUGAAUGGCAGCACUCUGGUUUUGAUGGUGAAACAAUGCCUUGCCAAAAGGAAACGCAGAUUGAUUGAACAAAUUAACUCAUGGAGUCCUGGCAGUGGAUCAGAGCUCAUUUCAAAGCUCUGCUUCCUUGAUGACACAAUGACAGGCGACGUCUACCCUGAAGAGUACAAGCGUCUGUUUGAGCUAAUGGAGCAGUCAGGAAACUUCACCGAGAGCUGGCUUUAUGAGGAGAUGCUGGAAACCACGCACACCGGUCAUGCCUAACACCGCCUGGGACGCGUUACCUACAGAGCUAAUCAUGGAUGAAAUACAAAAGACUGUUUUAUAUGGAAGAGACAGCUAAAAGAGAAAAUACUGUUUUGCUUAAAGACACCCAAAACCUUAAUGAUGGCUAAUAUGUCUAUGAAAGACUUUACAUUUUGAUAAAGUUGUAUUUAGUAAUGAACUAUGGACUGGAGAAACCGUUUUGAUUGUCGGUGACCACUGUUGGAUACUUUUGGACAAGUUUGGAGACUUUGUUGGUAUCAAGAAAAUUAUUGUCAUAUUUUCAGAGUGGUACUGUUGCCAUUCUGGACCCAUGAAGCUAAUAACAUUGUGUGUAUAUCCCAAUACAUAUACACUAAAUACCUGCUUGAUCUCUUUGAUAAUAUGUAGGAAAAAUAUUAAACUUCAACAAAACGGCAAUAAAAAUCAAUUUGUAAUCCUAAUGAUUACAUUACCAAAUCCAGUUAUGAUGUAAAUUUUCAAAUGUAC